CAACAGUUUAUUCGCAGUUACAAACCAUUGCUCGGGAUAGCAAACAAUUCGCUAGUCACAAGAACAUCUUCUGUGAUGGUCACUCAGGUUGUCUACGACCUCUCAAACCUUUGCGAUAAUUUACAACCCAGGUAACUGCAGUACAAUGUAGAUAACGAAAAUAAAAGAAGAAUCGUUCGUUGAAGUCUUGGGUUUGUGAGUACUGUGAAACUUUACAAAGAUUCAGUCGGUUAAGUUGAGAAGACGUUGCUUCAAAAACUGAGCUCAUAUUUUUUUUUAGUAAUAAAUCAUAUCGAUUUUUAUUUAAAAAGUGAGUAAUUAAAUCUUUAAUAAAGUUUUUUCUAAUUGUGAUAUUCAAAAAAAAAAUAUGACUAGUAAACAUAUAUUCAUUAUUUUUAUUGUAAUUUUGUAUAGUAUUGAUGGACUUUAUGUACCAAAUAAUAAUAAUUGUACUUAUUCUGGUACUGAUUGUCCAUAUUUGCCAUGUUGUCAUAGAGGGCACAAGUGUCAAUUAAUUAAGCGGAAUAUAUAUGACGAAAAUUAUGAAUUAGUGGAGCAACAAUCGGAGUACAAGUGUUUGACUCGAAAAAGAUUAGGGUGCCACUGUUCAUAUGACGAAGAAUGCAUGCAUAUAAAAAAUGCUAAGUGUAUUAACUGGAGUUGUCAAUGCGAAUGGAAUUCUGUUGGACUGAAUCGAACUAAAUGUGUGCUAGUCGAAAUGUGGUGAUGUGGACAAAAUUGUGUAUACUGAUUUAAAAUAAAAUAAAAAAAUGAGAAAUGAUUAAAAAUAACGUAAGUUUUUAUCUAUUGAUAUAUUAAUUGGUAUUUUCAAAAAUGUAUUUUUUUUUUUAACUAAUUAUUAAAAUUGAAAUUAAAAAAAAUUUUUUUAUUAAAGUGACUCCAAAAUUAUUUAAAUCUUUAAUAACUGUU